CAACUAUUGUGCAUCCACAUAGCAAGAAAGUUCGAAACUUGAAACUGAAAUCUAGUUAACGCCAUGCAUAGCCAAGACCCUGGGUUGUUUUUUUUAGCACAUUUCAAAAAAUCCUUUUCAUUUUCACGAAUUUUUACUGUAGGCAGCAGUGAAGGAAGGCAUACUUUUUAGAGUUUUGUUGUCAUUCAGCGCUUUCAUAUUCAUUUUCCUCAAAUUUUUUUUAUCAAUAAUUGAUUGUAAUUUAUGUUCAUGUAUUAAAGGAAAACGGUAUUAAACUGUAACGAAAUUAUAAAAGAAUGUUUUUUUUUAAUUAUGCGAAAAUCAUAUUAAACUAACUUAAUUAAAGAGCUUGAAUUAUUACAUCGAGAAAAGUUCUUGGUUUACAUUCAUAUCAAAAUUAAAACAGGAGGACGGAGAUUGCAAGGAAAACGUGUUCAUUUAGCCAAUAAUUUCUGCCAAUAAAAUGAGAGAAAAUAGCGACAAACGGAAUGAAUUGUCAUCCGUUAGCGAAAAUCGAAAGAGAAAAAUAGAUAACGAAGAGGAUGAAUUAGACACGCCUUCAGCAUUUAAUCCGAAGUACCGUGUUUGCCCCUAUUUAGAUACAAUUAAUCGACCAUUAUUGGAUUUUGAUUUUGAGAAACUCUGUUCCAUAUCGCUGACGCGUAUAAAUGUUUAUGCUUGUUUGGUUUGUGGGAAGUACUUUCAGGGUAGAGGUACUAACACUCAUGCUUACACGCAUUCGGUUGCUGAUGCUCAUCAUGUAUUUUUGAAUUUAUCAACAUUACGUUUCUAUUGUUUGCCAGACAAUUACGAGAUUAUCGAUUCCUCCUUAGAUGAUAUCAAAUAUGUGUUGAAUCCAACGUUUACCCAACUCGAUAUACGAAAUCUAGAUAAAUCGGAACCCAAGCAUUCACGUACUGUGGAUGGUACGCUCUAUCUCCCAGGCGUUGUUGGAUUAAAUAAUAUAAAAGCAAACGAUUAUUGCAAUGUGGUAUUACAUGCUCUAUCCCACGUAAGUCCGUUGAGAGAUUACUUUCUACGCGAAGAAAAUUACGCCAAAAUUAAACGACCACCCGGUGAUUCUAUAUUUAACUUAGUGCAACGAUUUGGGGAAUUAAUGCGGAAGGUAUGGAAUCCGCGCAAUUUUAAAGCUCACGUCUCGCCUCACGAAAUGCUUCAAGCUGUUGUCUUGUGGUCAAACAAACGGUUUCAAAUUACGGAACAAGGUGACCCAAUUGAUUACUUAUCAUGGUUCUUGCACACGUUACAUCGCGCCUUGAAAGGCAAUAAAACUCCGGAUUCAUCGAUUAUAUAUAAAAUAUUCUUAGGCGAAAUGAAAAUAUACACUCGGAAAAUUCCUCCAGUUGACUUAGAUGAUACGCAGAAGACUCUACUAUUGGCCACUGAAGAAUACCAGGAAAAAUGCGAACAAUCAAAUUUUCUUUACUUAACUUGUGACUUGCCACCACCUCCGCUUUUCACCGACGAAUUCCGUGAAAAUAUAAUACCUCAAGUAAACCUAUAUCAGUUGCUUUCCAAAUUUAACGGCAUCACGGAAAAGGAAUAUAAAACCUACAAGGAUAAUUUCCUAAAGCGAUUCGAAAUUACUCGUUUGCCGAAAUACAUUAUAUUAUAUAUAAAGAGGUUUACGAAAAAUACUUUCUUUUUGGAAAAGAAUCCCACCAUAGUUAACUUUCCCAUUAAAAAUGUUGAUUUCGGUGACAUUCUCUCAAUGCACAACCGCGACAAACUUAAUAAUACGAAAUACAAUCUCGUGGCGAAUAUUGUACAUGAUGGCGAACCAAAUAAAGGCACAUAUCGAGUUCAUAUAUUUCAUACGGCAAACGGUCAAUGGUAUGAAAUGCAAGAUUUACAUGUCACUGAAAUUUUACCUCAAAUGAUUACGUUAACCGAAUCUUAUAUACAAAUAUAUGAGCAAAGUACAGACUGAUGCCACCAAGUAAAUA